AGAUGCUACACAGUUCCCUGCGCCUGAGGGACCACGCACCGCCACACCACAACCACCACCACCACCACUACCACACACUGCCGCACUACCACUACAAGCGCCCCCCACCGCCCUCCCCGCCCGCCUCUCCGCCGCGCCCCUACAGACACCCCGUGCUGAGGCCAGAGUCCGUGCUGUCCUCCUCCUGCCUCGCCUCCGCCACGCAGCACCACCUGGGGGGCAGCACCGGGGACAUCCAGGGGCAUCUCCACCACUCAGCACACUCCUACACCCCUGGCAGUACAAAGGUGAGGGGAUCUGCCAGCCUCCCUGACCUAUACGAAGCUCCGCCCUCCCCGCUUAGCCACGCCCACGGCCCGCCCCUUGCCCGCCUGCCACGCCACGCCCACUCUGCCCGGGACGUGAUGUACAGUAGCAGCCUGAGGGAGCGGCGAUGGUCCUCGUGGCGCGGUGGCGUGGAGGACAGUGACAGCGGCGGCUCCACGGACUCUCUGAUCGACGAGGCGGAGAACAUGACUAGUUCGGCUUCGGCCCCACUGGACUUCUUCGCCGGACCCCGCGCUUAUGAGUUUAGUGAGGAGCGGCAGUACAGGCGGCGGUACAAGAGGCAGGCUAGGCGGCGCACUCGCUCCCACCAGGGCAUCUUCACCUCGCUGCGGGCCGACACCACCACCGCCACCGCUUCCGCCACCGUGCCGCCAGGAGGAGGGUCAGGGCGCCCUUACCUGCCCUACCGUGGUGACCAGCUGAGCCCCGGCCAGCAGGUGAAGGUGUUGGCACCGGGCGGGGGCGUGGCAGUGGCCCGGGUGGUCACCUUUCAGCGGGGGGACCGGACAGCCAAGGCUCACUACCACCACCAUCACCACCAUGAGGCUGAUGACACAGUGACGGUGGUGCUGAUGUGUGAGCCUAACAGGCUGCAGGGGAGUGUCGUCACAGUGCCGCUGGAGAAGGUGCUGCUUGCCUGGCCCAGAGCCUAGACACCACUAAAAUCGCCACCGCCACCACCACCACCCUCUGUGCCUUCCUGCGGGGCAUCCUUUCAAGUAACGCUAGGAUGCCCCAGUACCCAAGCCGUCCAGUGCCAGUGCCAGAGUGAUGUGUAGGCGCCAAGGGUUCUUUUGUCUGUCUCAGGGUGCUGCAUUGAUGUUGAGGUAUAGGUGAUGCCCUGUGUAUGCUCCUCUAGGGAAAUUGGAAGAGCAUUGUAUGGCUCUAGAAUAUCCCUAGAUUAUGGUAUACCUAAGCAGUGCCCUUAGAUAUGUCCCUAGAUUAUAUGGAGAAAACUCUGCCUCUAGGGAAGACACAGGGUUGCUUGUACCUCUGAAAUGUCCCUGGAUCAUGAUAUCACACCUUUAUUUCAAUUUGUAAUAUUUCCAGUGUCCUCAAGAAUGUCUGUAGAGCUCAUUGUGAACAGAACAUGAGCCUGACAGAAGAUGGAGGUGAGUUGUGCCUCCAUCGUGUCCCUGGGUCGUAAUAGGUCUGUUAUAAGGCCACACUGAGGACCAUAUUCCGAAACACUUCCGCGCUUCAACUUCACUACUUUCAAAGGCCUCAAGUUAUAGUUAUACAGGUUUUUAAGGGUGGUUUUAUGAUUCUAGUGACAGACUAACAUGAUCUCUACAUUAUUAACAGGAGAAACACCCUUGAGAACCUGGCUAAUCAUCUCUGUGGCCUUGGAAAAUAGUUGUGGUGAGAGAGCAAACUGUUUCUGAAUACAAACCUAAAUUACCCAACCAGUCUAGUGUCAGUAAAAAUACCCUUGCAUCAAUACCGUGCGAAAACAUAAGCUUUACAAAAGAUCCAGGUUAAGUUGUGUCUCCAAAUGUCCAUAGAUCAUAACACAAUGCCCUAAUAUAUCUUCAGCUUGUCCAGGGUUGAUCAGGGAUAAAGCAUACCCUUUAGAGAACUUUCAGGGCAUCUUCUAUCCCAACUUAUACACACCAAUGAGGGAAGGACAGCUAGUUUCCAGUGCCCUUAGAAUCUCUAUAGCUUUAUCAAGGAACAACAAACAACCUCAGAGGGUUUACAGGGUAGGUAGUGUCUGUGUGCUGUAAACAAAAGUGACAUGUGCUCUCCAGUGGAUGCAGAAAUGUCCACAAGUCAUAGUGAGGCAAACACACAGAUUCUAAGGAAAAAUGUAUAUUCUUAGCAGGUCCCUCAGCCACAACAGGGUAUGACAGUUAGCCUUUAGGGACAAGUAUGUGCUUUCCAAUGCAAAUCCUGAGUGUUGUGAGUUACUAAGGUGUUGGCAGGAGGUGCUAGGUGUUGCCGCCACUCAGAGGUGCGUGCUUGGUGUCUCUUUGUGUUGCAGUGUUGUGCUGGAGGUUAGUUUAGGACCAAAAGGAAACAGGUGCCAAGAGGAAGCAAGAGUAUUUCGAGUGGUUUUAUUCCUGCGUUAGUAAGAGUUGGGAAGUAAAGGCAAGAAAGGAAGGAAGCUGCAGUGAAAAGGAAGAAAGGUUAGUGUUAAGAGAAAUGAAGUUGAAGUUAAAAAAAUAUAAGUUAAAGUCAUAAGGAAAGAUGUUGGACUCCGAAGGAAAGAAGUUGGAGGCUGGAGUUAAGAGGAAAGAGAAAGGAAGAAGUUUGUACGUAGUUAUGAACAAAGGAGGUUGUGUCUAGUCAAAUGGGACAGCUUGCAACACCUGACAAAGCAGAAACAUUACUACUUAAACCCUGCUGAGAACGAGCAAGGUAUCAGAAGUGUAUUGAAGACUAAAGCAAAGUAAAGCAAGUCAGUAAGGGCCAUAAUAAAGCCUUAACUCCUCUGUUGCCAUCAAACGCGUCAUUCUUUCAUCACAUUCCACUCUGAUGCAUUUUUCCUCAGCCAACUCUUGGCGUUACCUGGCUAGACAUUUGAAAAUCGAUUCCUUUAACCCGUCAUCCCUUUUGCAGGUGCUUAUUAAGAUUGUGUUCAGUGCUUUUAGUGUUGUGAAUUGUUACAGCUCGCAGUGAAAGGCUUAAGGAGUACGUAAAGUCAGGAAAAAGUUCUGUAAAUAAUUUGUUAUAUGAAAGAUACUGCUGAAGUUAGCCUUUAAGGUCAGUGAGGUUAAUUGCAAAGAAGGUCAGUACAAUUAAGGCCAAAGAAAAGGUUGUUUGAUAUCAGGAAUAUCCUAAAAAGUUAAUAGAUUCUCAAUAAGGUUCAGAAAAGGUUGGUACAAGUGUGUGAAAUAGUGUGAUAAGGUCAAAGGAGAGGUGCUUAAUGUUCCUCAAAAGAUGCUGUGAAUCAGUAAUACCUAGAAAAGGUGCUUGGAUUAAAAAAAAGUUACAGAAAAGGGCAAUAUGAACUUUUCCAUGAAAGAAAAAGGUGUCAAGGCUCAAAGGUGCUUAUGAGUAAACAGAUGCUGGAUGGAAGUCACUUUUUUGCAACAUGGAAGAGGAUUAAGGUCAGAGAAGGUCAACAAGACCAGUGAAUCCCAAAGACAAAUGCAAAUAGAGCCGUUUUUUUCUUUCUUUUUUCCCCAAAGUUAAAUACUGGUAAGGUCAGAUGCACAAAAUGGCGCCCCCUGCUGUAACGAGGUAUGCGACACAACACAGAAGCAGUAGAGAAAACAGCAUUUGAAACUCCCACCCACCCCCCCAGGCCAGCUUCACCCAUAUUUACCUCACUCUAGGCCUAAUCUGUAGUGAGGCAAGUGACGAUACUGGCGUGUGCCAUGUGCCUCGAACUGUCAAAACCCCAUUGGCCGGGAAGUGGUGAUUGGUUGCAGCAUCUCAGUUACCUCUCUCCAGCACGUAAUAUCCUACGGUCUGAGUGGAGAAGUGUUUGUUUUUUGUAGAUUUCAACAAUAUGAACCUUCUGAAUGCUGGUUACCUCAUAAGAGAGACUGAGUUGAGUAUUGGAUGGUUCAGGUCAGUUCACCUCAGCUCAGCAGGGGCGCCACAAGUGAGGGUGUGAAGGGCAUUUGUUUGUUAAGCUUCUUGUGAUACAUUCUUUUAUUCCAGUAAGACGUUUAUUGAUAGGUAUUUAUUUUUAGGUGUACCAUUUUCUGCAUUCUUUCAGUAUUGACUUAUAUUUUUUUUGUAUUAAGUUUUUUUUUCUCUCUCCUCUUUAGCAUCUGUUUAUGGAUUUGAAUUUAUUUUCCUUUUGUUGAUUUUAGUCUUUAUGCUUUUAAGAUCUUUUACUUUGAUCUGAUUUUAUCUAUUUUUUUUAUUUUUGUCUUUUAGUGGGGAGGUUCUAAUGAGUUUAAUUUAUUACCACUGUUUUUCCUAUACUUAUAAAAUUAUUGUUUUUACUUAAAGAUUACAAGUGAGGCCAAAUUUUUCUCAUUAUUACUUUCAAGAUUAUCAUUAUCAUUAUUAUUUCAUUAGAUUCUAUAUUUUCUUGUGUAUAUUUGUGUGUACAUGAUGUUUGUAUGUUUGGUGCACACAUCUUACGGACGUUUGCUCUAUUUUGUAUUGCAUAAUUGUCGUUUUCUUUUGUCCUUGGUGGUUCUUUCAAAAUAAAAAGAUGCAUUCUACUGAUUAUUUCCUGGCCAAUGUGGAAUUUGUCUGUUGUUUGUGGAGGACAGUGAUUCAUGUGGUUGUUUGUGAAUCAUCCUCUCUCUCUCUCUCUCUCUCUCUCUCUCUCUCUCUCUCUCUCUCUCUCUCUCUCUCUCUCUCUGUAUGUAUGUAUGUAUAUGUGUGUGCGUGCAUGUGUUAUAAGUAUUACCAUUGUUAGUAGUGACUGUAGUUAGACGAGAAUGAUAAGAUGUUGACAAAGCAGCAAUAGUAGUAGUUGUAGUAGUGGUGGGAAUGGUAGCAGUGGCCCAUUUGUACCUCAAUAAACCUUUGUAUACAAGCUCCA